AUGCUAUACUUGCACCAUGGACUCAUUCGACAUAAAUUCGAGAGGAAUCCCGAUACACCGUACGGCUCAGAUACGUCUCUUACCGAGAAUGGAUCCACCAAGAAAGAGAAACCCGUCGAUAGUGGAAGGGUCGCCGAAGGUCGAUGGUCUUCAGAUGACCCAGACCUGACAGUACACUUUGUUCCAUUAGGACAUGAUGGAGUUCGUGUAUGGGUGGAUGUAGUUAAGGUGAGUGAUGCAGAGGUGUGGAGGCCUUCUUCCUAUAUUGAAUGUAUGGAAGACGCAUUAGGCAGUACAAUAGCAUGGCCUAAGGAGAAGUGGCAAGAACAGGCUGAGAAGGCAGUCAUUGAGACAUUAGGCUUGGGCCGAACAACGCAGCACCUGCUCGUCCGGCUACUUCGUUAUUGGGAGGUCUUCAGCGUGAACAACCCUCUCCACUUUAAAGGAAUUGUUCUCCUCAUGAUCGACGAACAGAAAUGCCAUGUGAAGAAGAAGGAUAUUAGGAAGUUUCUUGAUGGUAUCUAUGUGAGCGAGAAGGGCAAGAUCGCUGUUGAAGAAUGA